GUUGUUCACUUCAUCAAUGAGAAGCCAAUCUCUAUAAACUUCCCUUGUCCAAAAUGAUGAAGGCUCUUCAUUCUGCUGGUAGGAUUGCUAAUCCUGUGUUGCGGAGACAGCUGUCAACAGCUGCAGGAACAAAUGGACUGGACUUUGUAGUGAAUAAGCCUGGAAUUAAAGCUAACCUCAUUGAUGGAAACUUGCUAGCAAAGAGAAUACAGAGAGAGCUGUAUGAUGAAGUAUGUGGUAUUACAGCUAAGAGCCAGAGACCACCUAACCUAACUGUAGUGCUGGUUGGAGACGAUCCAGCUUCAAAAACUUACGUAAAGAGAAAAAGUAAGACUGCCAUUAAGGUAGGAAUGAGAGGAGAUGUACUCCAUAAACCAGCAACAAUAGGCCAGGAUGAACUAUUAGAAUUAAUAGAGAGUCUAAACAAAGAUGACAAUAUUGAUGGAGUGUUGGUACAAUUGCCACUGCCACCUCAUAUCGAUGAAACUUUAAUCUGUCAAUCUAUUAGUCCAUUUAAGGACGUUGAUGGAUUCCACUUGCUGAAUAUUGGGAGAUAUGUAAUGGGAAGACCUGCUUUUAUACCAGCAACUCCCCUAGGGGUUCUGGAAAUAUUGAAAAGGUGUAAAGUUGACACAUUUGGAAAAACUGCCUGCAUUGUUGGAAGAUCAAAACACAUAGGAUUUACAUUAAGUACUUUACUCCAUUCUGAUGGAUAUGGUACUAAUAAUCCUCUCAUUGGAGCUGAUGCCACUACAAUAAUAUGUCACAGAUACACACCUCCUGACGAACUGAAAAGAAUGACUUUAUUAUCAGACAUUGUAAUCACUGGGACCGGGGUCCCUGGACUGAUCAGAGGAGACAUGAUCAAAGAAGGAGCUACAGUAAUUGACAUUGGAUUAAUUAAAAUGAAAGAUGCUAAUGGAGAGACACUGAUAGUUGGUGACGUGGAGUUUCCUCAGGUAUCUAAAGUAGCAUCUCUGAUCACACCUGUACCAGGAGGAGUGGGGCCUAUGACUGUUGCCAUGGUGCUCAAAAAUACAAUACAUGCUGCUAAUGGAAUUUAUAAAGAACUUUAUAAUUAAUGUAUUCAACCAGCCACUCUUAUUGUCUGUAUAAUAGUUUGUAUUGUUAUUAUUAUUCAGUUUUUAUACAUCGUGAUUCUUAGAACAUGCA